AUGCUAGGCAACGCGAAGUCAUUGAUUCGAUUAGCAAUGGACCCCGGAUUUGAGACGAAAUUUUCGGGUCCUGUUGAAGUCCAGCAGGAGCUGAAAUGGCGUGCCGGAUGGGCUGUCUUGAAGGCGAAUAUGUUCUUUGUAUUUGAGAGGACAGGCACUGAGAAGAACGAUGCUGUUCCUCCAUUUUUGCUGUUGAUAAUCGAAGACUGUUUUGUUGAGCUAGGAGAUGAUAAUAUGUUGGGAAAGGAGUUCACAUUUAAAAUUAAUUACAAAACCACCGGAAAAUCCUACACCCUAUGCUCGGAUUCCUUUAAAUCCCUAGGAAAAUGGGUAUCAUUAUUGACGAUAACACCGACCGAGUAUAUUAGCAUAACAACACAAUCCUUCCAGCAGUCCGGGAUGGACGAGGCUGAGCAUAAGCCAUUAGGGGAUGGUUUGGCGGCAUUUAAACCAUCGCCAAAUAAGGUGUAUGCUACCCUUGAUCCAGUCUAUCCGAUGCCCGACGAUGUCGGCGAUUUAAAAAACGUCGCAUAUUCCUACGAUGAAAAUGGGGAGCGGCGACAAGAUUCUCUUGAUGAAGCUUCGAAUGAUAUUCCGGAACCCGAAUGCUCAAAUGGUUCUAAUCCGGCACGACGAGCAUUAAAUUUAGACGAAAUUCGUUCUGAUUCCGUAACCGAUUUUUCUGAUCUUCUUAUACCUUCUGGAGGGGUAAGAUAUCAAUAUCAAACGGUUAAUCAACAUCGAAACUCCUACUAUCGUCAAGAUUCCGAUCCUGGCCUCGAAAAUAUCAGCGAAAUUUAUGUUGCGGACAAUUUCUUCCAAGAAACCGUAAUGCCUGCCAAUCAUAGCGGAUGGUAUCGGCAAAAAACCAUCGGAAACUCGGUAAUUAUGAGGACGCCAUGUAAAGAUUCUGGGAAUACUAAUCAGCUGUUACUACCCCAAGAUAACCCAAAAGAAUAUGAGGCAAUGUCCGGGGCAACGUAUGAAGAAUUUUUUGCAGUAAAUCAAGCUACUGAGGGAGGGCUUCCUGAUGAUGACACCGUAAUCCUGGAUGAAUCAAAAUCUGGGAUCGAGCUUCUGAGCCUGGCGGCGGAAAGCUUACCAAUAGACGAACCGCGAGAUCAAUUUGGUGGAACGUUGCUGCUCAAUACCUUAGGUAGAAACAGUGUCCGGAAAAAUGAGGCUCUGGAUGCGGAUUCCUACGGCUCCGAAGACGAAUGUCAAAUUCCAUGUAAAAAGAAGAAAAAGAAAAAGCCUGACCAGAAAGAUCGUGAUUCUUCAAAAUCCUUGAAAUUAUUUGCCUCUAAAGUGCGAGAUAAGGUUCAGCGAAAGGGCGUGACAACCUAUGCCGAGGUGGCCGAAGAGCUAGUACAAGAAUAUUUUGAUUCGGUCCCAAUGGAAUCGAUAGAAAAGAGAGCCUCGGAUGGGAAAAAUAUUCGAAGAAGGGUUUACGAUGCCCUCAAUGUGUUGAUCGCUUUGAGGCUGAUCAAACGGGACAAAAAGACGAUCGUCUGGGCGAACGUUGACUCGACCCGUGUGGAUUACCCGAGCGAGGAAAUUCACGCAUUGCGAGAAAUAGUUCAACACCGGCAAAAGAUCAUCGGCGAAAUGUUGAGUGAGAUUGUGUCAACAAAGAGUCUAUGCGAGAGAAAUGCGACCUAUGAACAGGUGCAUGGAGUUCCCCAUUCGGAUGACGUCAUCACAAUGCCGUUUGCGCUGCUUUUGGCAAACCCGAAAUACGGCUAUCGCUGCCGCGUUGACACCAACCAACAAGAUGCGGUCUGCCAAUUUGGAGCGGCAGCAAAGGUGGUUACCGAUAAUGAAGUGAUGGAACGUCUCGGACAUACCUACGGCAUCAACGGCGAAGGCAUCGAUGAUGCCGAUCUGCCAAAAAUUAAAAGCUACCUCCCUCCCUUCAUCCAUGACAUACUACCCAAGUUCCUCCGCUUCAAAACCGAACCCAACGAGCGAUUUGUGGUCCCGCAACACCCAGCGCCCAAGCCAGCUCGAGCAAACGCGGGUCGUCGCCAAAAACACAAGCCCGUCGUGGAGCAGGAUUCAGCGUCGGCCGUGAAAAACCUAAAGCCGAAUUUCCAAAAAGUUAUUAAAAUAGACCCAGACGCUCCAGGACCGUCAGCGCGAUUGUGU